GAAUUGCGAUAUUUUCAGGGAAGGAAACUUUAAUAUAGUGUAACCAAAAUGCCAGCGACUAGAAAAAGGGGGGCAGACGCUGGGAGUGAGCCAGAGGUAACGCCAGGGAAGAAGACAAGAGAAGCAGGCGAGGAGAAAGAGGAAGCAAAGACUGCCAGUUCUGGAGUGUCCCUCAGGAAACUGGCUCUCACGAGACAGACCGACUUGGAACCUUCGGGAUCUCUGACGCCGACGAGGAGGUCGAGGAGACUCUCGAGCUCGGACAGUUCGGGCCAGGAACUUCAAGUCCCAGCCAGUAAGUUGAAGAGACAGUCCUUGGGGGGCUCAGAGAGGCAAGACACACCGACAGUGUUGACCCCAAACAGACGGUCGAGGAGGUUGUCAGGUGCAGACGCCAAAGAUGUCCCAGUGGUUGACACACCAACAAGACGGUCACGAAGACUGUCUGGUGCAGAUUCUGCAGAUACCCCGGUUGUCCAGACACCAACAAAGCGUUCACGUAGGUUGUCUGGUGCUGAGCCGGAGGAUGUUUCUGGGGUCUUGACUCCAACUAGACGAUCACGCAGACUGUCAGGUUGUGAUUCUCUUGAUUUACCAGCUGUGCAGACUCCAACCAGAAGAUCAAGAAGGAACAGUGGUGUCUCGGAAGGAGAGCCAGCUGAGGAACUUCAGGAACUGCCUCUUGUGCCCAAAAGGAGAAGGUCGUUAUCUAAGACAGAGGGUGAGAAGGAGGUGAAAGCAUCUGAGGCUCUGGAGAUCAUUGCAGAAGUUGAGGAACAAGCACAUGACAUUGCUGAGAAAACAGAAGGCUUGGAGGUCAUCAGGGAAGAUGAGGAGGAGGAGGAGGAGGAAGAGCAGCAGUUGAAAAGGAAAACUCCUAGUAAAGGGGAGAAGAAGAAGAAGGAAGACAGUGAUGAGGAAAUAGAUGUUGUUGGAGUGGAGGAAGACGUCAAAGAUAGCAAACCACAAGAAGAAAUUACAGAUGAAAACGAUAAGGACUUGAAAUUAGUGAUUGACUUGGAGCCUGAUGACAUCCCAGACAAACCUGCACCCAAAGGCAACAAGAAAACCCCAGUUAAACAAACAUUAAAUACUGAUGAAGUAGACAGUGAAAAAACUUCAAAAUUAAAAGAGAAAACACCCAUCAAGCAGAUAUUAGACUCUGAUAAGAAAUUAACACAAAAGUCGCCAAAGCAGAAGACACCAGCAAAGCUGAAAGAAAGUGAGAAAGAAGGAAAUUCACCAGCCAUUCAGAAGACAGAUGUGGAAGAAGUUGAAAAGCCUUCCCCCGAGAAGUACAAAACUGAGAAAUCCCCCAAACAGAAAACACCAGUGAAGCAGAAAACAGACUCUCCUAUAGAGAAAGAAGCAAUUACAUCUCCAAAAACAAGACAGGAAUCGCCAGCUAAACAGGAAACUAAUAAGAAUAUAGCAGAUAAGAAAAAGGAAGAAAACAUCCCAUCAGCUGUGGAAGACAAAAAGAAAAGUGCAACAGUUGAAGGAAAAGAAAACAUAAAUGAUACAGAUAUUCAAGAAUCAAAACCACAAGACAUCAAAGAAGAACAAGAGACAAAUAACAACAUUUCAAAGAAAGUAAAGAAGAACAAGAAAAAGAAAUUAAAGCCAAAAACAGAAGAGGAACUGAAAAAGGAAAAAAGCUAUUCAAAACAUUCCUAAAGGAGUACCUGUGUCGGGACGUAUUUGGAAGGAGGAAAAGAAAUGUUUCCGCACAACCAUGAAAAAAUCCAAGUCACAUACUUCAAGCUGGGCCAAGAAAAUGCUACUAAAACGCGAGAGGCAAGAGUUCUCAGCCAUCAAGACAGCCAUCGAUGAGGAGAAACAGAGGAAGAAGGAGGACCUCAAGAAACGGCAGAAGUUUAAUAAGAUCCGCCGUGAGGAGAAUGCCAAGAAGGCAGAGGUUGUGCAAGUGAUCAAAGAUGCUAGAAAGCUGAAGAAGAUGAGCAAGAAACAGCUGAGAUACAUUGAGACCAGAGACACCACUGUGAUUGGCAAGCAGUAUGGUUAAUGGAUAAGGGGAAAGUUAAUGGAAAUAAGGGAGGGAGAGGGAACGUUGGGGAUAAAUUAGGGGAGGAAUAGAUAGUUUGAUUAGAUUAUGAAGAAGGAUGAUCAGAAUUCAUUUUGUUUUUGCCUUUUGAGCAAGGUUUGAUAUUAAAUAUUUGUGUUAAAUCUGCAAGAGACAUUUAAUUUGAUAUCAAUAUAAUACAUUUACAUUGGCAAUUUUGUAUUUGUACAAGUAAUUGUGAGAUAUGAAGAUGUUUCAAAUUUUAUAAUAUUUGUUAUUAACAAGUAUGUAUGAAUCUGUACAUGAAUAUAUCCAUGUAAGUUAUUCUUUUGAAAUAAAAAUGUUUUGG